CCCCCGCGAGCUGCAAGACUCAACACGAGACAAACAAGCGGAGGCGCGGGUGCGGCCGAUGCCAGGCACCAAUGCACGACCACCUCGCCGCCCUCCUCCGCGGCGGCGGUGGCGGUGGCGGCGCCCACCACCCGCGAGCCAUCCAUGGCGCCGCCGUCAAGCUCGGCUGCAUCGCCUCCACCUUCCUCUGCAACAAGCUCCUCCUAGCCUACCUCCGCCGCCCCCUCCUGUCGGACGCCCGCAUGCUGUUCGACGAAAUGCCCCGCCGCAACCUCGCCUCCUGGUACAUCCUCAUCUCCGGCUCCGCCCGCCUCGGCGCCCUCGAGGAGGCGUUCGUGCUGUUGUCUGACAUCCUUUACGGCGCGGGGCGCGGAAGCUGCGAUCGCCCCGACUCGUUCACGCUCGGGGCCCUAGCCGUCGGGUGCGCCCGCGCCAGAGACAUUGUCGCUGGCGCGCAAGUGCAUGCUUGCGCAGUCAAGUUUGGCGUCGACGAGGAUGAGAGCGUCGCGGGGGCGUUGGUGGACACGUACGCCAAGUGCUGGCGUGUGGACUCGGCGUGGCGGGCGUUUGCACUCGCGUCGCAGAGGAGCGUUGUUAGCUGGACGAGCAUGAUUGCCUGUCUCGUCAACCAAGCUUGUUCAGGGUACCAUGAUACAGUGAUUGUUCUGUUCAAGAAGAUGUUGGUCUUGAAGGUUUGGCCUACAAAUGCGACGUUUUCUUGCAUCCUGAAAGCGUUUGAUAUGCCUGUGUUUCUCCCUGUUGGGAUGCAAGUUCAUGGUUGCUUGUUGAAGAUGGGAACUGAGAUUGAUCCUGCUUUAGGGAGUGCCCUUUUGACAAUGUAUGGUAGAUGUGGUGGAGUUGAUGAGAUAGCUAGAUUGGCUUGUCGGAUAAGGCAUGAUGUAUUUUCUAGGACUUCGCUGCUUGCAGCUUAUGCACGGAAUGGAUGCAAUAUGGAGGCAGUUGGAGUGUUUAAGGAGAUGAUCAUGGAAAAUGUGGCAAUUGACCAGUCAGUUAUAACUAGUCUGCUGCAGAUUUGUUCAUCACUGGGUCAACUGAGAAUGGCAAAGGAAGUCCAUUGUUAUGCUCUAAGGACUUUCUUCAAGUUGGAUACUUUACUGCUGAAUGCUAUCAUCACUGCAUAUAGCAGAUGUGGUGAUAUCACAAGUGCAGAAAAUGUAUUUUACCUGCUGGUUAACAAGGACAUCAUAUCAUGGACGGCACUGUUAACUUGCUAUGCUCAGAAUGAUCUUGCUCAAGAGGUACUCAUAUUCUUUAGGGAAAUGCUCCGGAGAGGGUUAGAAUCUCCAGUUUUUUGUAUAACUAGUGUGCUACGAGCCUGUUCUAUCACCACCGAUCUUACUUCCGGACUGCAAAUUCACUCAAGAGCUGUGAAGUUAGGAAUUGAUGAUGACAGUUCUGUUGAGAAUGCACUUGUGACCCUGUAUGCCAAGUGUGGAAGUGUUCGGGUUGCAUUAAAGAUAUUUAAUUCAAUGAAGAAUAGAGAUAUCGUCUCGUGGAAUGCUCUAAUCACAAGUUUUUCACAGCAUGGCAAUGAGGUGGCAGCUGUUCAGCUAUUUGACCUAAUGCAAGAAGAAGAGGUGUGUCCGGAUGAUUACACAUUUGUUGGCCUGUUAUCAUCUUGCAGUCGGAUGGGCCUUAUUGCAGAAGGCUGUGAGUAUUUCAAACAAAUGACGGCUAAAUACAACUUGGAGCCCAAGAUGGAGCAUUAUACCUGCAUGGUUGAUCUAUUUGGCCGUGCUGGAAAAUUUUGUGAUGCAAUGGACUUCAUUGAUGCCAUGCCUUGUCAACCGGGCCGACUGGUGUGGGAGGCUUUGCUAGCUUCAUGUAGGCUUCAUGGUAAUGUGCAGUUAGGGAGACUAGCAGCAAAGAAGAUUCUGGAAAUUAGACCCGAGGAUCCUUCACCGUACAUUAUAUUAUCGAACAUUCAUGCUUCAGUUGACAUGUGGGAUGAGAAAGCCUGGAAUCGCACUGUAUUUGAUACCCAGAGAGCAAGAAAGGACACAGGAAGUAGUUGGAGUGAUGUACAAGAAUUUUCAGAGAAUAUAUAUGGCGCAUUACAUGUUGGAGUGACAUAAUAUUGGUGGUUGAUAAUGCUUCUUUUCUAAACACCAGGGGGAGUUUAUGCUCCUUAGUUGUAGUGAAGCAUUAUGGAUUCAAUCAUAAGAAUUGGCUAAUUGAACAGAAGAUAUCCAGGAGCACAAGCAAACAAUGUUGUCAUGCAUCAAAGAGAACCGAUCUAUAUCAGAUCUUCACUCAGAAAAAAAGAUAUAAGCAUGGUGCAAAAGGCCAGAUUUGUAUCCUUUCUAUGGCGCAGGUCAUGCUUGCAAACUUGCACUGAAUAUCUUGUUUGAAGGAGAUAUAUUCUAUGAUGCUGCCACAUUUGUAACUGUACCCAGGGUUUGUACAAUUUGCACAGUAUAGUGAUACUUUAUUCUCUAUUGUCAGACAAGUUUUAGAUGUUGAAAAUACAGAGAUGCAUGCGCAUCUCUACAUGAGUCAGAACGAAUGCUAUACUAAGGCAUCAAAGUCUUCUACUUUCACCUGCAAUAGGAGGUUAGUAGAAGCACAGUCCAGAUCUUCAUUAGUACGCUUUCUGGUGCUCACCAAAUGACAUGAUGGUGACAUGGGGUAAAUGAGAAUGCUUAGAGCCAGGUCAAUGUGCAACGCCAAUAUGACUGUGCGCCAGGAUUUUGUUGGCUCUUAGCAUUCUCACUUGAUGUAUUGGAACUUAAUUAUCGAGAUUACAAUAGUACGGUGA